UAGAUUUAUUCCGGAAAUUAAAAAGAGUCUAGAAGACUGUAAUGUAAUGCAAUUUAGCCCUACUUCUGUCAGAUUUCUUUCCGAUUCUGCACCCGCUGUUGAUGUCACAUAUCCGCAAGGAGAAAAGCCAAUAAGGCACUUCUCCUAUCCUGGCCCAAAUUUUAUAUUCAGUAAGAAAGAACACUUGCUAGAUAAUCAUUUGAGUAUAGCUGGUCACAGAGAAUGCGAUAAACAAAGACGGCAAAAGUCAAAUCAUGAAUUGACAGUGCUGGAAAAACACGUUAAUAUUGAAAAGGCUCAACAGUAUUUUGCAGACAGUGGAAUCUUAGGUACAACAAGCCACUCUUGUGAGUUAAUACGGAAAACAUCAAAAAUUCAUCUUGAUCCAAGCUUGCAGAAACAGAUACGUAAGACCUCGUUGAGUUUGCGUUCAAAAACUUCCAUGGGGACUUGUCUAAUAUUAUCAAGAUUAACGAAUUGUAAAACAACUGAAAGCUCAAUUGAUAAGAGAAUACUAAAUAUUAAGUCACAGGUUUGUGUGUUAAAAGAAGAAAUGGCUAUUGGGGAAACAAAAUUUUUAACACUUCGUGUAGAAGCUAAUAAAUUGAAGAAAGCCCUGCAAGAAGUUAUGCACACAGCUUUAACUUGUGAUUACGAUUCGAAUAAUUUGUUCUUGGAGAAUCGCAAUCGAUGUGUUUUCUGCCAAGAUGUUAGUGCUGUGCAAUGGGGGCCAAUGAAACUCUGAGCGAUAACCCGUUCGAGAUGUUUUAAAUGAAUAAUAUUAAGAUAAUAGAUAAUAUGUAAAAAACUACAAGUGAUUGUCAUUGU